CCAACGACAACCACUCCGAAUCCGUGUCCACCUAAUGCAGAGUAUAUAGAUUGUGGUSCAGCAUGCAUUCCCACAUGUAUGGAACCAUCUACCAACUGUUCUGGCUCCUGUAUAAGUGGCUGCUUCUGCAAACCUGGAUUUGUAUUCAAGGGACGCCACUGUGUGCCACUAGAAAAAUGUGGCUGUUUAGAUGAUGAGAACAACUACUAUGAGCCUGGUGAGAUAGUAUCUGGAGAUGGCUGUACAAAGCUGUGUCGCUGUGUUGGAAACUACAUUUUGGAAUGUGUUGAUAACUCCUGUGAUCCCAGCGAAGAGUGCAGAGAAGUUAAUGGUGUUUCCAGCUGUUAUCCUAAAGAUACAUCAACGUGUAUAGCAUCUGGAGAUCCUCACUACACAACUUUUGACAAACGCAGAUAUGAUUUUAUGGGUAACUGCAGUUAUUUAAUGUCUGGACGCUGCAACGACACAACUCUGCCAUUCUUUGARGUUCAUACGGACAAUGAAAACCGAUAUAACAGCCUUACCAUCUCCUACGUCAAGGCUGUACAUGUAUAUGUACACACAGUGAUGAUCUCCAUUCUCAAAGGUGGCACUAUACAGUUGAACAGGACCACUGUAAACAUCCCAGUGACUCCAGCACCUGGCGUUUCUGUCUUYAAGUCAGGAAAACAUUACACUGUGUCCAUGAACUUUGGUGUCACAGUUCGCUAUGAUGGAAACCACUACAUGGAUAUCAAAGUGAUCAAAGACUAUCAAGACAAACUGUGUGGUCUGUGCGGAGAUUAUAAUGGAGAUGUYAAAGAUGACUUCCGUAAACCAGAUGGAACCUUAACCAACAAUGCCAUUGACUUUGGACACAGCUGGAACACUGAUCCAGAGUGUAAUAAAAAACCAAACACUACUGUCCCAGGAUGUACUGAAGACGAGGAAGAACUGUAUGAGAGCUCUGGAUACUGUGGUUUCCUGCUGGACAAAAACAGUCCUUUUGCUGUGUGCCACCCCAAAGUCAACCCCAACGAUUACUUUAGGGAUUGUAUUUUUGACUUAUGUGAACUGGAUGGAGCCAAGUCUAUUCUGUGUGAAGCCAUCGAGGCCUACGUCAAUGAAUGCCAGGACCGCGGGGUCAGCAUUGGACCCUGGAGAAACGAAACAUUUUGCCCUCUUAAGUGCCCCCCUAACAGUCAUUAUGAGCCCUGUGCGGACCCCUGUCAGGAGACUUGCUCUGGAAAACCCUCCUCCUGCAGUGGACCCUGCUCAGAGUCCUGUGUGUGUGAUCCUGGUUACGUCUUGAGUGCCGGCAAAUGUGUCCUGAAGAAUUCUUGUGGCUGCCUUCACACAAACGGACAGUAUUACGAGCCUGGAGAAGAGUUUUAUUUGGAGAACUGUGAGCUGAAGUGUAGAUGUGAUGCUCCCUUUGUUACUUGUAAGGCCUCUAACUGCCCCCCGAUGCAUGAGUGCAAACUCCAGGAUGGAGAGCUUGACUGCUUUCCCUCAGGCUCUCAGGACUGUGUGGUCUCUGGGGAUCCUCACUACAACACAUUUGACAAGAAGUUCUACAGCUUCAUGGGAACCUGCACCUAUACAUUGGCCAGAACAUGCAAGAAUAACACAGGUCCUUGGUUUUCUGUAGAGGCCAAGAAUGAGGAAAGGGGAGUCUCUGGUGUGUCCUACUUAAGAAAACUCUACAUCACUGUGAAUGGAWUCACUGUCACCAUGAUGAAAGCCAGGAAAACUCUGGUGAACGGGGUGCGGGUGGCCCUCCCUCACUCCCCCUCACCUCUCAUGUCCAUCAGUCUUGCUGGUCAGUACAUCACCCUACAGACAACGUUUGGCCUUCGGGUGCGUUGGGAUGGAAACCAUUAUGCCCAGAUCUCAGUUCCCAGUUCCUACCAUGACCAGAUGUGUGGUCUCUGUGGGGACUACAAUGGAAAUCCAAACAAUGACUUCACCAAACCGGACGGCACCCUGGUUGGAAAUGUCAAUGACUUUGGUAACAGCUGGCAGACAGAAGAGGAUGAAGACGACUCAUGCACCCCCGGCACUAAGCCUGACCCAGAAUGUGACCCCAAACUUGAGGCUGAAGUGGAGAAACCUGAAAAAUGCGGCAAAAUAAUAGAUCCUACUGGACCCUUCAGGGAUUGCAUCAGUGUGGUAGAUCCCACUCCAUUCAUGGACAGUUGUGUUUAUGACAUGUGCCAGUUCAAYGGGCAGCAGCAUGUUCUCUGUGACCAGCUCCAAGCCUACACUGAUGCUUGUCAGCACGCUGGAGCCAAGGUCCACCCGUGGAGGACUCCAGACUUCUGCCCCCUAGCCUGCCCUCCAAACAGCUCCUACUCUCUAUGUGUGAGCUCGUGUCCUGAAACGUGUCUGGGUGUGGUCGGACCACCAGGCUGCAAGGAUGUCUGCGUCGAGGGGUGUCAGUGUAACCCAGGCUUCAUUCUCAGUAAUGACAAAUGUGUGUCCCUGAAAGACUGUGGCUGUGUGGACACYGCUGGCAGUUACCAUCCUGUGGGGGAUGACUGGUACCUGGAGGGUUGUGAGAAGAAGUGUGAGUGUCACAGCGGCGGUCUGAUCCACUGUCAGAACAGCAGCUGUAAACCAGCAACUGAGAGCUGCCAGCUACAUGAUGGAGAGUACGACUGCCGCCCCAUAAGAAAUGGGAUCUGCUCCGUUUCYGGUGAUCCUCACUACACUACCUUUGAUAAACACACCCACCACUACAUGGGAGCUUGUUCCUACACUUUGACCAAACCUUGUAACACCUCCUCCGACUUGCCAUACUUCACCGUGGACACCCARAACGAGCACAGAGGGAGUAACAAGAAGGUUUCUUACGUCAGAGCCGUUGUAAUUACCGUGAACGAUGUGACUGUCAUCUUCGGCAAAGGACGCACAGUUCAGGUCAACGGAACAGUGGUCAUUCCACCUGUCACCUCUAUUAGUGGGGUUAACAUCUACCUGAGUGGAAAGUUUGUGGUUMUGGAGACAUCCUUUGGUCUGAGGGUCCGGUUUGAUGGGAACCACUAUGCAGAUGUCACCAUACCAAGCACCUACAGUGGUCUGCUCUGUGGAAUGUGUGGAAAUUUUAAUGAAAACCCCAAAGAUGACAACUUGAAACCAGAUGGCACAACAGCUCCAAACAGCAAUGAGCUGGGAGACAGCUGGGAGGUGCCUGACCCUCGACCUGACUGUACUAAUGGAGGAGGGCAGGAAGACUGUGACAAACAGGUGGAGGAGGAGGCCAAGAAACCCACCAGCUGUGGAAUCAUCACUGAUCCCAAUGGGAUCUUUAAGCCAUGCCACUCGGUUGUUCCCCCGCWGUCAUUCUUUGAAAACUGUGUGUAUGACAUGUGUGCCACGGGAGGUCAGACUGUGGCUCUGUGCCAGGCCAUAGAAAGCUACGCUGACAUGUGUGCUGCUGCAGGAGUUCCUAUCUCAUGGAGGAACAACACCUUCUGUCCACUGAAGUGCCCCGCUGGCAGUCAUUAUGACCCAUGUGGCCCUGCUUGCCCCCAGCCCAGUUGUCAGGACCCUGCAGGCCCUGGAGGCUCUUGUGAUAAGCCCUGUGUGGAGGGCUGUGUCUGUAACCCAGGCCUGGUUCUUAGUGGAGACAAAUGUGUCUCCAUCAAUGAAUGUGGGUGCACUGACGAAGAUGGAAAAUAUCGUCCAGUUGGAGACUCUUGGUUCACAGAGAUGGACUGCUCAGAGCGUUGCAAAUGUCUUGGAAAUAACAACAUCACCUGUGAGCCAUGGCAGUGCAGCCCCGCGCAGGAGUGCAAGGUGGUAGAGGGGGUUCUGGAUUGUCACUCUACAGGCAAGGGAGUGUGUCAUGUAGCAGGAGACCCACACUACUACACUUUUGAUGGGGUGAUGCACACAUUUAUGGGGACCUGCACCUACACACUGGUGGAGGUGUGUAAUGCCACUCAGGUGACUCCCUUCAAAGUAGUGGCUAAAAACGAGGAGCGUGGUCAACCAGAGGCCUCCUACGUUCGCUCAGUCAAAGUCUUCCUACCUCACGACACCGUGGUUGAGCUGCAGAAAGGCCGCAGAGUUCUGUUAAAUGAGCGGCGGGUAAAAACUCCUCUUUCCAUUGACUUGGUGGGAGCCAAAGUGAUAACCAGUGGAUCCUACAGCCUGCUGGACACAAACUUUGGUCUGCAGGUGAAGUUUGAUGGAGUACAUCACCUGGAAAUCACUGUUCCUGGAGAGUACUUUAACAAGGUGUGUGGAAUGUGUGGAAACUACAACCACAUUGACUCUGAUGACAACCUGAUGCCCAACAAGAAACCCGCCAAGGAUUCCAUUGAACUGGGAAACAGCUGGAAAUCAGAAGGAGACAGUGAUCCUGGCUGUCAGCCAGACACUCGUCCAGAUGUGCAUCCUAACUGCACUGCAGAGGAGGAAAAGUUGUAYGAAGAUCAGUGUGCCCACAUCAUCCUCUCUGACCGCUUCCGUCCCUGCCAUUCUCUGGUGCCUCCUAAUGCCUUCUUGGGUAACUGCAUCUAUGACAUGUGUGAGUACAAYGGCAUGCAGGCGACCCUGUGCGACAACGUGGAGGCCUACGCUCAGGCCUGUCAGAGUGCUGGAGUUACCAUCAGCUGGAGAAACAACACCUUCUGUCCUGUGCCAUGCCCUCCAAACAGCCACUACUCUGACUGCACAGCACCCUGCCCCCCUACAUGCUCUGACCUCUUCCCCAUUUUCUGCCACCUCCCUCCAACCACAUGCGUGGAGGGCUGUGAAUGCAACGCCGGCUAUGUUCUAAGUGAUAACAAAUGUGUUCCUCUGGACAAAUGUGGCUGCCUGGAUUUAGAUGGAGAAUAUCAUGAUGUGGGAGACUCGUGGCUGACAGAUAAAUGUGCUGAGUCAUGUUCCUGUAACCUUGGUGGAAAGAUCACAUGUAAGGACCACAGCUGUACCUCAAACUCAGUUUGUGCUCUGGACAAGUAUGGAGACUUGUACUGCCUACCCACCAAGUUUGACAGGUGUAGCAUCUCUGGGGACCCUCACUAUCGAACAUUUGAUGGGUUCACGCAUCACUUCCAGGGCCCUUACACCUACGUCCUGACUCAGGACCACAAUCUGCCAAGCAACCUGGCACCCCUGCUGGUGAGGGGGAAGAAUAUUAGGCGAGGGGGCAACAGCAAAAUUUCACUUCUGGAUCAGAUGUACAUUGAUGUCUACAAUGUCGACAUUCGCUUCCUGCAGAAGAAAGUUGUUCUGGUGAAUGGGGAGCGAGUCACACCUCCUAUCAGUCCAGCCAGCGGCUUAUCAAUUACUAUGAACUCAAAGCAGGUCCAGCUCACCACCGACUUUGGACUUACUGUACGCUUUGAUGGAAACAACCGUGGAGAGGUCAUACUCCCCAGCACGUAUAGGAAUUCUGUCAGAGGACUGUGUGGGAACUACGAUGGUAUCACCAGAAAUGAGUACAUGAAGCCCGAUGGAACAGUGGUCCGGGACCUGAAUGUGUUUGGAGAAAGCUGGAGGGUUAGUGACCGACAGACUGAUGGACCGAAAAUGUCUGACCUCCGUUCUAUUGUCCACGCCCACAGACGAGAGGUGGAAACUGAUCCAGACUCUGGAUUUGAGACAUCUGACUGUUCUCAGUCUCAACUCAAUGAGUACAACAGUGUGAAAAAGUGUGGAGCUCUGUCUGACCCAAUGGGACCGUUUGCUGCCUGCCACGCCACUUUACCACCUGCAGCCUACCAGGAUGACUGUGUGUUCGACCUGUGUGCGGAGCAAGGCAGUGAAGAGCUGCGCUGUGGCAGUUAUGAAGCGUACGCUGCAGCCUGUCAGGAGGCCGGAGUCAAACUGGGAUCCUGGAGGCAGCAGCUGGACUGUGAUCUUCACUGUGGUGCCAACAGCACAUACUCCUCCUGUAUGUCAGCAUGUCCAGCAUCCUGCGCCRACAUGGCCGCCCCCUCUGAGUGUGAGACCACAUCCUGUGUGGAAGGGUGUCAGUGUGCUGCGGGAUUUGUCAUGAGUGAGGGGAUGUGUGUUCCAUACCCAGAGUGUGGCUGCACCUUUCUGAACCGAUACUACCCUCUCGGUGAGAAGUUUGUAACAGAAGACUGUUCUCAGUCCUGUGAGUGUACCAGAACAGGGGCUGCGUGCCAGCCCAAGACCUGCCAGGAGGGAUACAUCUGCACCAUCUUCAAUUUCAAACGGGACUGCUACAAAGCAAGUCCCUGCUUGAGUUCACCCUGUCAGAACCAUGGGACCUGCGUUGACGGAGCUGACGACACAUACACUUGUGAAUGUGCAGAGGGCUUUGAGGGUCUACACUGUGAAGUGGAGAAAAAAMCAAGUGAAGGGCUGGAUACCAAAUGGAUCAUUCUCAUUGCGGUCUUGGUCCCAGUUACUGUCAUUAUCAUUGUGACAACCAUCGUGUGUGUCUGCAAACGCAAAAGCAGGUACUUCAUCUGACAACAGCGAAUACAAGGGACUAAAACAGAGCAAAAUGUGAUGACAACAUGCUUACACAACAACAUCCUCACGCCAACGUGGAACUUAUUUAACUUAUACUUUUAAAGAUGUUUUCUCUGCAAAAUUGUACUGUUUGCAGUGUUUCUACUGUAUGAAUAAAAUGCAUGAAUUUAA